UUUUAAUGUUGUGUAGUUCUAGUUCAUGCAUUUCGAAGCGUUAUCACCGUGCGACGAAACACCGUCAUUGUGACAGUUUUUCUCUGAAGAUAGAAGUUUUGACUCACUCUUGGUAACUUACCGUUAAAAUGUCAUGGCAAAAAACCAAACUUUUGCUGCUCCUGUCAGCAACUGCAGGAAUUACAGUUAGCCUCGCGUACGCGGUCUAUAUUCUAACUCAACAGAAGGACGAGGAAGAUGAACCCAAACUGAGAGUGAAAACAUCCAGGAAUGUCACAAUUGAAGUCAGGGUACCGAAGGAGUCCAUCGGCAUUGUCAUAGGUCGAGGUGGUUCUACCAUUAAGUCUAUUCAGCAGAAAUCUGAAACCAGAAUAAACUUCAAAGACGAUGAGAAUCAAGAGUAUCGCACUUGUAUCAUUAGAGGUACUCCAGAGACAGCCCAACUCGCAGAAUCGAUGAUCCUUGAAGUCAUCAAAAACCAGCCGCUGGUUGAAACUGAAGAAAUUUGGGUGCCAAAGUCUGCAAUUGGGAUAAUUAUCGGCAAAGGAGGCGAGAAUAUCAAGGCUAUGUCUUCCAUGUCUCUUGCUAAAAUUUCUGUUGCCUCAUCCGCAAACUAUGAUACUAAUCCAGAGAGCAAGAUCAAAAUUCAAGGAACUUUUGAACAGAUAGAGCUUGCCAAAACUCUGAUUGCAGAGAAAGUCGCUGCUGAGGCUGAGCAGAGGCAAAAAAUUUCGCAAAAUGCUGCACAUCGUUCCCCGCGAAAUAAGCCAAAACAUUUAGAGUUGACAAAUUCACCAGCCAAUACAGAGCAACAAAACACUGGCCCCCUUCGAGAAAAGUUGAUAUCGACAAACAGUGAUGGUUUCAUGCAAGUCUAUGUUUCAGCAGUUUGCAAUCCCUCCUUAUUUUGGGUUCAGAUGAUUACUCGAAAGUCUGUCGACCUUGAUCGAUUAGUUGAUGAAAUGACUGAAUUCUACAAUGUGGAAGAAAAUCGGGCAUCUCAGGCUGUCGACUUGAAGACUCUAGAAGUUGGUCUUCAAGUAGCAUCAAGAUUUUCAAUGGAUAAAAAAUGGUACCGAGCUGAAAUUGUUGAGAUAGUUCAAGACGAAUAUAAUCCAGAGGACUCAAAAAUAGAGGUUUUUUAUGUUGACUAUGGUAAUAGUGACAUCCACAGCGUUAAAGAUUUGUGUCUACUGAAACCAGAAUUUCUUCGGCUAACAUUCCAAGCAAUCGCAUGUUGCCUAGAUAACGUCCAACCCAAAGAUGCAGAUACGUGGAGUGAAGAGGCGACCGACUGCUUUGAAGCCCUUACCUACGCUUGCCAAUGGAAACCUCUCAUGGCCCGCGUCAACUGUUACACAGAGCCGAGUGAGAAAAUGACCAAUGCAAUGCCUAUGCCUUGCAUUGAUUUGGUUGAUACCUCCAGCAAAGAUGAAGAUAUACGCGUAGGUCUAGAACUAAUUAAACAAGGUUUUGCUGUUCGAGUAAGACCGGAACCUAGUGAUAACCCAGAGAUUCCUGUGAAUUCUAGUUCCUCUUUACCUAAUAGCAAUGAUAUUAGUAGAAAUUCAACGAAUCGUCAAUCCCGAGGUCCUGCCCCCCAAGAGCGUCCAGUCAUCAAAGCUUGCCCAGCAGGCUAUGAGGAUGAACUUGCGGAAGACGAAGAUGACUUCGACUUCUACUAGCAAAUCUCUUGCAAACUCCUUAAAAUUAGUGAUGUUCUAAUGGAUUACUGUACGACACCAGACUUAUUGAUUUAUUAAAUUUUUAGUAAAACAAAUUUGCAGCAGUAGCUGAAAUUCAACAUCCUUCUGGAUCUUCAGGAAGUAUGCUCAUCCAUUUACAUUAUAUCAUUUCGCUCACUCAUUCCAUUCAGUAAACAGGGUCUCCUUUCUCAAGGGUCUCCAUGUAGGCUCUAAUCAUGAUAAUACAUUGAAGGCAUAAGUCACCAAGCAAAUCUUCAGUGCAACAUUUCAAAAUCUCCAAUUGUGUUUUAACUUUUAAAAGAAAAAACCAAAAUAUAUUUCAACAAGUGAAGAUUAUUUCUGGAAAAUUUUGUGAGAAACUGGUCGUAAAAAAAAAACAAAUAAAAUAAAAUAAAAUAUGAGUGAAGAUUUGCAACUUCAUAAUUGAAAAUAUGUAUUAUUCAGCUGUAGCCAAUGAUAUGCACUUACUCUACUUUCAACAAGUCUACUGAUCAAUGUCAAGAAGACUGAUUGUCGACGUAAAUGAAAGUUUGGGUGUACUUUCAAUCUGAUAUUGGGACAUCUCUAUGAAACCAAUAAUGUGCCACUUUCUAAUUUUAGUUUUUUCAAUCUUUCAAAGAUUAUUUGUUUAAAUAUUUGUUGCAAUUCAUGGUAGCCACUAUGCGUGAAUUUUUUUUUUUUUUUUUUUUUUUUUUUUUUUUUUUUUUUUUUUUUUUUUUUUUUUUUUUUUUUUUUUUGUAAUGAUAGGAAACUAUACCAAGAGACCACCGGUAGCAUCAGGAUACAAUUUCAUCUACAUUGUAAUUUUUUUUAAUUGCUUUGAUGACAAUACCUGUUCAAGAAUCUAUCUCUUUCGUAAGGAAAAUUCAACUCAUGAAGGGACAUUUUUUUCUCUCUCCAUAAGUUUUCUUUCAGGAGUAUGAAAGGAUCAAAUACGUUUUUAUCUCGAAUGUUUUAACAAGUGAUAUUUAUGUUAAAUUGACGAAUCCUCUUUUUCAAAUGACAAUUCUCCGAAUCAAGAAGUUGUGAGAUUUGUUGAGACCGUACGCUGCUCCUCCCUCCACAUUCUGCAAAGUUGUGCUUUAGCUCACUGCAUUUUGACUGGAUUUAAAUAUUUUGUAAAAAUAUUUCAAAAUAGUGGCGAUACCUAAUUAAUUAUCAAAAGUUGAGCUUGGAUGCAAAAUUAUGUGUCCAUUUUUCUAUAGUUGGCCUUACAACUUUUUAUUUUGUAUACCUAGAUUAAGACCUUUUUCAGUUGAUGCUUAUAAACGUAACAUGCAGUGAAUGUACUUAACAAAUUGUUUGAUGUAUGUAACGCUAGUUUUUAUGCCCUCCUCGUGGCAGUAAGCAAUGCACGGUAUUAUGAUAGUGAAGCAGCCCACUGAGAAAAAUUUUUUAUUGGCAGUGAUCAGUUGUUGAGAGUGACUAUGAAGUUUUUAAUCCGUUGUUUACACGACAUCAAAGUAUGUAAAAGUAAUGGUGGCUUGACAAAUCUUUGAAAUCAAUUUUGAAGCAUCAAACAUGAAAGGCGAUGAAUUUUGAAUAUUAUGGCUGUGAUAAUUCUGACAAAUUUUCUCGCUUAUUCAUACUUCAUGUAAAAAAUCAAGAGGCAAGUAAUUCAAAUUUCCAGGUUUUUACCACUGCUCAUUCUUGCAGAAAUUAAGAGAGUUCAAUUUCCUUUCUCUCCUUCCCCCUUAUCUAUCAACUAUCUGAGCCAAUUAGCUGAAUGGUAACUUUUACUAUGUCUUUUCACUCUUCAUGAAAUAAAUGCACCAAAUUAUGCUGCGCCAUACAGCUCUACUCUCAGCAAGAGGGAACUCUGUUGUUUGGUUUUUCUUUUACUUCAUAACAAUCUAUAGCCCAACUGGUUAGUUUCCUCUAUAAAAUUUGUUCUCUGAUUUUUUUUUCCAAAUAAGUCGUCAACUCAUUUAACUAGUCAUGGUUUUUUUGAGUCAUUUCUCUCCUAUUACUAUCGCAAUAAAAACAAUUCUCCAAUUUAUCUCUGCCCUAGGAAAAUUACAUAAAUGUGAAUGCAUCAUUAUUGAACAACAGAAUAAUAUGAAAAGCAGUAUGAAAAAUUCCAAAUUUUAUGAAUAAUUCAAUGGUAGUACCAUUGUGUCCGUAAUGAGCAAAAUAUCAAUCUAACCCGAAAGUGGUCUUAGAUUUGUUGUUGAGAGAUUGUUUAGACUAGCCUGACUCAUACAAACAUUUUGUCAUGAAGCUAACAAUGAUUAGAUAAAACUACAUCAAGUCAAUUGAAAAAUUUGUAAUAAGUAUGUGUUGGUAAUUUCAAUUCAACAAACCCAAUCUGAGCAUAGGUAAUGUAAUGUAAAAUAUUAAUGUAUAUAUAUGGUGGUAUGUACCAUUUUGUGUGGUUAUAAUUUCCUCAAAUGAAUUCGACGUCCGUUUAAUGCUGAAAAUUGUUGAGCAUAGGUACCCACCAUGACUGAUUUGUGUGUUGUACCAUUAUUUGUUUUUAUUAAAUUUGUAUUAUUUUUCCUUCUUCAAAUCUGUCAGUGAAUGAUGAAAUUUCUCUCGAGUGUUAUUGUUGACCCUGUUUUUCGUUUCCUCUGUGGCUUGAGAGGGUUUGAGUUAGAAAUUUUUCAUCCAAGUUCAUUUUAUUCUAAUGCGAUACUUUUUUACCACUCAGAUAUUAGUUGCUUAUAAACCUUUGAAACAAGAUACUUGUCUACUUUCUGCUUACCUCUUUUAGUUGUGACUUUUGUACCUAGAUACCCUAAAAUUGAGCUGGAACAUUCUUGGAAUCAUUGUCCUCAGUUUUAUACUGUAGACAACUCCCCCCCUCCCUUCUAGCUUUUAAGAAAACCAGUCAUUAUAAUCCAUAGUCUAUCUUUUUUCAUAAUGAUUUGGAUUGAAUGGCAUUCUUCAAUAAGAGUCUAUUUUAAGAUUAUUUUCAAAUAAUUUUUUUACAGGAAGAUAUUCUUGAUUCAUUUUUUUUUUCAUUCCCUAAAAAAUUUUAGUUUUCAGACUGCCACUCAGGUUCUUUACGAAAUCGACAUUUUUACAGAAGAACUUUUUCGGUAGAUCUUUAGGUACUUCGAUUUUUUUUUCAUUUCCUAGGAUUUUUAAUUUUCAAACAGGGCACUCUUUGAGAUGAGACAUUCAAUUAUGACACGGUUUUGAAAAAAAUUCUACUGUUUAACUGUACCACAAAGCUGAAGAAUAUAUCAGGAAAUAAUUUUAACACCCCAUUUUGUUUAAUUUUGCUCAUUUUUGUUACUUGUAAAUUUUGUCUUUACCUGUUUUAUUUUUCCUUUUAUAUUUGUUUCUACAUUUGCAACCAGAUUAAAUCUCAAUAAAGAUUCAUAAUCAAAAUCAA